UGAGGAGGGCAGUGACUCAGAGGAACGUAAACCUGUUGAUCUUCUAUAAGUGAGACCAUCAAGUCCGAUGGACGAUCUAAGGAAGAGGUUGGGGGUCAUGUCACAGACAAUAUGUCCAAAGUGGUGGGCUUCAUCUGAAAAGACUGUAAAGGCCCCGGUUAAUGAGAAAGAUGAGAAAAUGCAGUUGAAGAGAGAGAUCUCCCUGGGGAAUGGGAUCUGCCUCAUCGUUGGGAACAUGAUCGGCUCCGGGAUCUUCAUCUCGCCCAAAGGUGUCCUGAUGCACAGCUGCUCCUACGGGCUGUCGCUGGUGAUCUGGGCCGUUGGAGGCCUCUUCUCCGUGUUCGGGGCUUUGUGCUACGCAGAGCUCGGCACCACCAUCACCAAGUCUGGAGCCAGCUACGCCUACAUCCUGGAGUCCUUCGGAGGCUUCCUCGCCUUCAUCCGUCUGUGGACCUCCAUCCUGCUGGUGGAGCCGGCCAGCCAGGCCAUCAUCUCACUGACCUUUGCAAACUACCUGGUGGAGGCGUUCUACCCCACAUGCAACCAUCCGUACGAUGCUGUCCGGCUCAUCGCUGCAGCCUGCCUCUGUAUGCUGAUCUUCAUUAACUGUGCCUGUGUGAAGUGGGGGACUCUGGUCCAGGACAUUUUCACUUACGCCAAGCUCAUGUCGCUCUGCCUCAUCAUCGUUGUAGGAAUAAUAAAGAUAUCUGCUGGAGAAACUAAGACCUUGGAGAGUCCGUUUGAGGGCUCCUCCACAGAUCCUGGAGCCAUAGCUUUGGCCCUCUACUCAGCUCUGUUCUCCUACGCCGGCUGGGAUACACUCAACUUUGUCACUGAGGAGAUAAAGAAUCCGGAGAGGAAUCUACCCCUGGCCAUCGCCAUCUCCAUGCCCAUAGUGACCAUCAUCUACCUGCUGACCAACGUGGCGUACUACGUGGUUCUGGACAUGCCGUCUCUGCUGGCCAGUGAUGCUGUCGCUGUGACGUUUGGGAAUGCAGUCCUGGGGCCGUUCAGGUGGAUCAUCCCUGUUUCGGUGGCCAUGUCCUGCUACGGAGGACUCAAUGCUUCUAUCAUCGCUGCCUCCAGGUUGUUUUUCGUCGGGGCCAGAGAGGGCCACCUCCCCAACAGUCUGAGUCUGAUCCACCUGGAGCGCUAUACCCCCAUACCUGCACUGCUCUUCAAUGGGCUGAUGGGUCUGAUCUUCCUGUGUGUGGAGGACGUGUUCCAGCUCAUAAACUACUUCAGCUUCAGUUACUGGCUCUAUGUGGGUCUGUCUGUGGUCGGCCUCAUCUACCUGCGCAUCACUCAGCCAGACAGACACAGGCCCGUGAAGUUGUCUUUAUUCUUCCCCUUCGUCUACUGUCUGUGUAGUGUGUUCUUAGUCGUCGUCCCUCUGUACGGAGACACCAUCAAUUCUCUAAUAGGAAUAGGCAUUGCUCUAACUGGGGUUCCUGUCUACUAUCUGGCUAUUUACCUGCCUGAAGAUAGGAGGCCCAAAUUCAUACGCACGUUGAAUGAAUUUGCCACCAUAAACACCCAGAAGCUGCUCUACUGCUGCUUCACUGAAUUUGACCCUGAGACAGAAGUAACAGCAGACAGUAAAGCGCAGUGAGCUGCAGACACACACCGCUCAGCAGCCGGCUCUCUGCAGGAGGCCUCAUCCUGUCCAUGUGUCGACAUUCACUGCUCCCAGAACGCAGAACAGCAAGGCCUGGCACGGGCCGAGGGGUGAGGCGCAGGACCGCUACAUUUGAUAGGACUACUUCUCCCAGGUCGGGUUAAAGAAAUGCCUGACAUCUCAAAUGACUCACCAUGAAGGAGCAGGAACUGCAACCUGUUGUUUUCUUCUGAAAUAAUGCUGUAUAUUUGUGUACAGACAUCAAGGAGCAUAGCUUGAGAAGAUGAUACAACUAUGGAACAAAUAUGGAGCUCAUAUUUUUUUUUUUUAGAGGACUUGCUGUGUUAUUAUUAUGAUUUUUUUAUGAUGGCAUUGCAAUAUAAUGACUACAACAC